UAAAAAUAGUAAUUUAUAAACAUCUGGAAUUUCCGGGGAUGAGUCGCUUAGAUGACUUUAGAGAAGAUUGUUUCAGAGCACAUAAUGAAAAAAGACUUCUUCAUGGUGUAUGUGCCUUACGACAUAGUCUCGCUUUAGAUAAAACAGCCCAGGAUUGGGCCGAAGCACUAUUGUUGGAAGAUGGGAUAAAAAAUAGUCCACUUUCCAGUCGAGGUGAAGUUGGUGAAAGUAUCAGUGUACGCACAAGCACAGGAACUCAUGUGGAUAUGCAAGGUCAUGAAGUCGUAAAUACGUGGCAUUCAGAUGCCGAAAAUUAUAAUUAUGAAAACGGUAAAGGACCUGCAGGUAACUUUACACAACUGGUAUGGAGUUCAACUCGUGAAGUUGGCUUCGGUAAAGCCUGUGGUCCUGGAAAAUGUGUCGUUGUAGCCCACUAUCGUCCUCCAGGAAAUGUACUUGGUCGUUACCUAGAGAAUGUUUUUCGUCCAAAAGAAUCAGUGAAGGAGGGCGUUAAACAACCAAUACGUAACACGUUUGCUUUAAAUAAUGAUACUCCGAAGACAGUUAUUACUGAAACACUGACAGAAAGUGAUGGGAAACAGUACAAUGUUCGAAGAGAGAUCUCUGAAUUGACUGAUGAUAAAGGAAAGACAAGGCGAUGUGUCAACGAAGUGUAUACAGAUGCCUGUAAAGACCAGAAAAAAGCGGAAUCAAGUAUUUCACCAGACGGCCAUUUAGUUGAUAAUAGUAAGAAACUCCGAGAAUCCAUUCACUCAGUUGUUCAACUUCAUAAUCAAUAUCGUAGUCAACAUGGUUCCAAUCCUCUAGUACUUGACCAAGACCUUUCGAAUAUGGCACAACAAUGGGCUGAUCAUUUGCUUCAACAAUCUCAUUUGUCCAAUAGUGGAUAUGUAUAUCGUGGUAUGAAAGUCGGUGAAAAUUUGGGAAGUCGCUGGUCGAAUGGACCAAUGGAACAUAAUUGCAAAGACCUAAUUGAACAUUGGUAUCAAGAAUCGGAAAAAUAUAAGUUUAACUCUGAGCCGGAUAGUAUCCAGGGUAUAGGUAAUUUUACUCAAAUUGUAUGGUCAAGUUCUGAAAGGAUUGGAGUUGGUAUUGCAAGUCAAUCCUACAAAUCAGGAAAGGACUUGCAUAAAGAUUCGAAACUGAUUUUGGUUUGUUUGUAUCAUCCUCCAGGAAAUGUGACAAGUCAAUUUCAAAAUAAUGUUAAAAAAGCUGCCAAGUAAAAUAAAGACGCAUAAUUUGAGCAGUUACUGAAACCUUUAAUCAAAUGAACAGAUAUAUCCCAUCGCAUGCUGCUGUUCUCCAAACAACCUUUCUGAAUUACUAAUAUUUUUAUUUUUAAUUAUCAUGUUUCUUCAAAAGUUAUUUUAUGCACCAUCUAGAUAAUUUUAAUAUUCUUAUUGUUUUGUUCAUUUUAAUCUUACGUUACUUGGAAUGUAUCAAUAUAUUUUAAAAUUGAUUUCGAUUACUCUAAACAUUGAAUACAGGACUCAGUAGCUGAGUGGAUAACGCGAUGGCAUUUGAAGCGAACGCUACUGCGUUUGAGUCCAAGAGUGAACAUCAAUUCAGAUGCAGGUACACCCAGCUGACGAGUCCAAAAUAGAAAGAGACAUGCGUCAUCCACUCCACUGCUAGUAAAACAUUGAAUAUUAGAUAAAUUAAUGUACUCGUAAUACAAUAAUUUAUCUUUACAUCGAGAUUUCUAUAUGAUAAGAUUUUAAACUAUCGUUUUCAAUAUAUAAAAACAAUUCACUUGGAUUUACUAACUACCAAUUAUACUUAAUUGGAGUUCAAUUAAAAUAGCUUUAUUCGAAAGCUGUUACAGUCUAAAUAAUCCUUCCUUUUUUUAAAAAAAUGAUACCAUUCGUAAAGUGAUUAUCAGAACUAUUUGAAAUACAGGUAAGAGCCAAGUAAUAUUUCGGGUAACGAUGGGCCUAUUUUCGUUAAUAUGAUUAUAAGUUAAAUAAAGC